ACAACUGCUCCAGAGCAGCGUUUGGAUUAUUCAGUGGACGCGUGUUGUUCAGGACAAAACACAGCUUUACUUCGUCUAACACAGACUUCAUCUCAAAGUUUGGACUCUCUGUCAACAAACUUCUGCGUGUCUUUUAGCAAAAGUAGGGGCAUAAAGUGAGGAGGAGCCCUGAGCGUGUGUACACAGUCCCUCACAGCAAACUCAGGUCUUCUGGAGCGCUGUCUGAUGGGCAUCUGGCUGCUAAGUCUCCCACAGCAUCCCACGAGAGCCGUUGGCCCUGCAUAGCUGCUUUUCCUCAGCUGUGCAGUCCAGCAGAGAGGAGACACAGAAUAUAUUAAUUAGUUGGAUUGAACAGUUAUGUAUGCCUGGGGACAUCAUUGCGUCCCUGGACAGGUAACCAGGUGUGUCGCUGCUGUCAUGGCCUUGCCAACCCUGCGGCUGUUUCCGGUCACUGUGGUCACAGUCCUGGUGGCACUGGUGUCGUCUUCAGGGGAUCAUGAGUGGCACUUUAACCCAGCUCAGUGUCGUUACGCCUUGGGGAUGGAGGAUGGCACCAUCCCAGACUCUGACAUCACUGCCUCCAGCGCCUGGUCAGACUCCACUGAGGCCAAACAUGGAAGGUUGAGUACUGGAGAGGGGGAUGGAGCGUGGUGUCCUGCAGGAGCCGUUUUCCCCAGUGGAUCAGAAUACCUUCAGGUAGACCUGCACAAACUCCACUUCCUGGCUCUGGUUGGUACCCAGGGUCGUCAUGCUGACGGGCAUGGGCAGGAAUUUGCUCGCAGUUAUCGGCUCCGCUAUUCCCGAGACGGAGUGAAAUGGAUCACCUGGAAGGACCGCUGGGGCCAGGAAGUGGUGUCAGGGAAUGAGAACACCUACGAUGUUGUUCUGAAAGACCUGGGCCCUCCCAUAGUGGCCCGCAUGGUGCGCUUCUACCCCCUGGCUGACCGGGUUAUGAGUGUUUGCCUUCGAGUGGAGCUCUAUGGUUGUGUAUGGAAUGAUGGGUUGAAGGCUUACACCGCUCCACUGGGUCACAUCAUGCACCUGUCUGGCAUAUCUGGCAUGCCUGUCUAUCUUAACGACUCCACCUACGAUGGGAGCACUGAGCAAGGGAUGCAGUUUGGAGGCUUGGGUCAGCUGUGUGACGGAGUCCUAGGAGGAGAUGACUUCAUACAAACUAAAGAGCUGAGGGUGUGGCCUGGGUAUGACUACCUGGGUUGGAGCCGGGAAGCCCUUGGGCAAGGCAGCGUGGAUGUUGAGUUCCACUUUGAGAAACCACGUGUCUUCCGCAACAUGCAGGUGCACAGUAACAACCGCCACACUCAGGGUGUACGAGUCUUCAGUAAGGUAGAGUGUCUUUUUAAGCCUGGCAUCCUCCAGCCCUGGUCCCCUGAACUCACUCUGCCUGUGCCACUUGAGGAUCUGAAGGACCCUUCCUCACGACCCAUCUCCCUCCCACUGGGCGGCCGGCCAGCUCAGAUCCUUCGCUGCAAAUUCUACUUUGCUGACCGCUGGCUCCUCAUCAGCGAGAUAUCCUUCCUCUCUGAGCCGUUUGAGCAGGAUGUCACAGAGAUUGAUUCAUUUCCCAAGAUCCCUACCACCACUUCCUCUCCUCGUCCUGUCAACCAAACCUCCUCCUCUCCCACGUUGAGCCACAGCUCCUCCAAUGCUACCGCCGGCCCAUCUGAACUCCCCACCAACACCUCCUUCAUGAUGGACACCACUGGUAACUGGACGUCAGAUGCAGAAUUUGGUGCAAACACUCCCAGGGCGGGGCUUCCUGUAGCCAAGGAUGACAGCAGUAAUACAGCUAUUCUGAUUGGCUGCCUGGUGGGCAUCAUCCUUCUGCUGCUGGCUGUGAUAGCGGUCAUCUUGUGGAGGCAGUACUGGAAAAAGAUACUGGGCAAGGCCCAGGGUAGUCUAUCCAGUAAUGAGCUGCGGGUUCACCUGUCCGUCCCCUCGGACAACGUGGUCAUCAACAACACUCACAGCUACUCGAGCCGCUACCAGCGCAUCCACACUUUCCCUGACGACCGCGACCACGACAGAGAGGGUGAAGGAGAGUACCAAGAGCCCAGUGCUCUGCUACGACCAAGGGAUCACAGAGACAGCACAGCCUUGCUGUUAAACAACCCAGCCUAUCACCUGCUUCUGUCAGAUCACAGAAAAGGCUUGAGGUCCCUAGUCGUCCCCAGCACCACUCAGGCUCAGGAAAAGAGCCUCAAUGUGCCCCAGGCCUGUGGUUUGGACAUGGAGAAGGGUUUCCCCCUGACUCAAGAGGAGCCUCCUCCCUACCCUGGCUCUCCUCCUUACCCCUCCCUGUCUCCCCCCGUGUCUCCCCCACUGCCUCCCAGUGUCCCUCAUUACGCUGAGGCAGACAUUGUGAGUCUGCAGGGUGUCAGCGGUAACAACACCUACGCUGUGCCCGCCUUGGCCUCCUCAAGCCCCGGGGCCGACGCCACCCCGCUGCCGGAGCUGCCGCGCCAGUGUCUCAUCUUCAAGGAGAAGCUAGGAGAGGGACAGUUUGGAGAGGUGCACCUGUGUGAAAUCGAGAACCCUCAAGACCUUCCCAACUUGGAGUUCCCCUUUAAUGUGAGAAAAGGUCGCCCUCUUCUGGUAGCAGUGAAGAUCCUGCGCCCGGAUGCCUCCAAGAAUGCCAGGAACGACUUCCUGAAAGAGGUGAAGAUCCUGUCUCGCCUAAAGGACCCGAACAUUAUCCAUCUGCUAGGAGUGUGUGUGAGCAGUGAUCCCCUCUGUAUGGUUACGGAGUACAUGGAAUGUGGAGAUUUGAACCAGUAUCUGUCCCACAGAGUGCUUCUGGACAAAACAGGGCCUUCACACAACACUCCAACCAUCAGUUACCCGGCACUCAUCUCCAUGGCCAGCCAGAUUGCGUCAGGCAUGAAGUUCCUCUCUUCCCUUAACUUUGUGCACCGGGAUCUGGCCACACGUAACUGUCUGGUCGGGGGUGAGAGGGGUGAGAGUGGAGAGGAUCAGGGCGGUGAGCGUCACAUCAAGAUAGCUGACUUUGGCAUGAGCAGGAACUUGUAUGCUGGAGACUACUACAGGAUCCAGGGCAGAGCUGUGCUGCCAAUACGCUGGAUGGCCUGGGAGUGUAUACUCAUGGGUAAGUUCACCACGGCCAGCGAUGUGUGGGCGUUUGGGGUCACUCUGUGGGAGAUGCUAAGCGUUUGUCAGGAGCAGCCGUACUCCAACCUCACAGAUGAACAAGUCAUCGACAACGCUGGGGAGUUCUUCAGAGACCAGGGCAGACAGGUGUAUCUGAGCAGGCCGGCUGUGUGUCCUCAGGGUCUCUACGAGCUCAUGUUGAGCUGCUGGUACAGAGACUGCAAGCUCCGCCCGCCCUUCGACGACAUCCACUCCUUUCUUACCGAGGACGCCAUGAACAUGGUGUAAAGAGAGAAACGCAACAAAGAUGGAGGCAACGCUAAAGAGGGGAACCGUCUUUUACGUUUUAUGCAUCCUUGCUACAGUGCCAAGGUGUGGUGGAGGGGCUGCACAGCAGAGGCAGAUGAGAAGGGAGACUGGGUUGCUCGCUUUUAUAUUUGUACUUUUUUGGGUGAAGGGGGCUGAGACACCGCUGGUUCGGUUUAUUUCCACAUCAGACCCCCAACCCCAAAGGCAAAACUAACCCCAGCUUAGACGGGUAACAGUCGGAGCUAUAUUUCACGGGUGGUUGGUGGUGGGUGCAGUCUGCAUAGGAACAUUCUUUCUUCUCAGAUACUUUAACAUACAAGCAGGGUUUGUGUGACUGGUGAUUAAGUGCUGUAGAGUUAAUGACGCAGGAAGCUGCAGAGAUUUAAUAAAAUAAAAUACUCCAAACAAUGACCAUAGCAAGCUAGGACAUGAACAAUUAUUAAGUUUCAUGACUUUAAUUUAUCCAUCUCAAAUGCUACACGGGGGUAACGGGUGGAGGUGCACACGGCACACAAACUUCUCUGAACAGCACACCUAUCGUUCAGACAUCAAAGUGCACACACAGGGAUUGUCUUAGUAUUUAUAGUAUGUAUAACUUUCUGUGCACAUUUUAAUCAGUCUAAAUCAGUAAGAUUACUCCACGCUUCUGCCCCUUUUGCCCAUCUGAGAUGCAAAAAAAAUGAUAAUCCAUUAAAAGUCUAUGAAAGGAUUUUAACUUUCAGACAUGACUGAUGGCUUUCUAGAACAUGAGUGAUAUGUCCUCUCACCGUGUUUCUUGACCCUUUAACAAUCCUCUAUCUCAAACCCAAAACCUUACAUAGUGGCCCCAUCCACAGCUGUAAGUUAUUGUGGACUAAUGUGAAAUGAUGUGGACAAGACAACAGCAGCCCCCUUUCUGCGAUGACGUUUGUUUACCGACCCCCCUUGUAGUCGGAAAGUCCAAGCAGUUUUUGAACCCCAUCUUUGAGCCACAGAGACUGUAUCCCUGGUGCCAAAUAGACUUCUCAAACCUGAGGAAACGGCACAGAAGAGGAGAGUCUGCUGCUGCCGAGGAGACGUGACCCAAAAAAUGGAACGGCUUUUCCAAGCAGAGACAAUACUGCCAGCCAGAGCAGUGAGCAGGACGGGACAUCUUCAGAUGUGACUGCUCAGGUGUUUUGGCAAUUUUUUUGUAUCUGGCUGCGACACAAAGGAUAGAUGUAAAAUUCCACAACCAGCUGCACUUUAAAUCCUACAUGCAUAUCCCUGGCCAUGAUGAAACUCUUCUCUGUGAGGGGCCUGAUAUGAUUCCUGUUGAUGUGGAUUCUAAUGCAUUUCACUUGCAGUGAUUUCAUAUUGUUGCCAAGGGAGAUCAAAGUCCAGGACUGUCUGUCUGUCUUGUUAAAUCCUCCCCCUACAAGGCAUUGCCAAACCAUGAGAUGUAAAAUAUAAUUUAAAAAAUGGAAUGGCACCAUCAAUUAAUCUCCUUUUUAAAUGUAUGACAACCUUUUGUUCGGGGUGUUGAGAUGUGAUUACUCAUCGAAUCAUUAAUUUUUGCUCAUCUAAAUGCAUUACUGUACUCUAAAAACAGUUAAUGCAUUUCUCAAACUGAAUUCUGAGAGUCCUGCUUUCAGUGCGAUUGUCAACAUUAACCUCUGCAUUAUCCCACGUUAGUACAUUUUGCUGACUGCGGUAGAAUCAAAGCUAUCUACCUUACUGAUUGUAUAGCACUGUAAAUCAGUCCUGAGAUGAUCAAGAUUAUCAAGUAAUACAUGUAUACUGAAUGGUUGUGCCAUUUGAGUCAUUUUUGAUACACUGUAGUUCAACUAAACCCAUAUUUUUUUAUAUAUACUGUAUGUACUUAGACGCUCCUUGGUGUUUGAUUUUGUCCUUUUGUUUCUUUGAGGUUGAGCAUAAUAGUAUGUACAUAUUUUAAGGACAGAAUUAUAAUUUUCUUUACUAAUAUAUGGAAAACUCUUUGUUACAUUUGGGGUCUUCUGUAUCUCUGUAGAACGCUUGCUACCUUGAUGCCAUUGUAAUUCCUGGUCUAUUUUUGUAGAUGUUUUAAUAAAGUUAAACUUUUCAAAUAAAUUGCUAUGUACUCUA